AUGGUUGAUUCAACUCGCCUUGAAUUUGACAUUUUGGACUCAGAAGGAAUUGAGUACCAUUGUUGGGUUUCUGAUGUGGAAACCACUUUUGUGGGAAAAGUCUACACUUCCACCAUCAAAACCCCCACCGACCCUAAAGACGCAGGACCGUCUGACAAGGUGAAAGCCAAUGCCCUUAUGUUUUUGAGGCGGCAUAGUGACCCCAGCCUGCGUUGGGAAUACCUUCAGUUGAAGACACCCAUGGAGCUAUGGGAUGCUCUAAAAGGGCGUUUUGGGAACAUUCAUGAUACUUUGCUCCCAGAACUGACCGUCCAGUGGAAUGAAAUCCUCUUGCUUGAUUAUAAAAGGGUCAAUGACUUCAACAAGGACAUGCUGCGCUUAAAGGCACGUCUCAACUUCUGUGGGAAAGAACUCACAGAAGAUGAUAUGAUCCAAAAGACACUUUCCACAUUUCCUACUUCAUCACUAAUACUAGCGAACCAGUAUAGGUUGGAGUAUGACAACAAGAGAAUCACAACUUUCAAUAAGCUGAUCAACCUACUGCAAGUGGCUGAAAGGCAUAGUGAGGUUCUCGUGAACAACAACACCAGGCCUGUUGGGACAAAGAAAAUUCCUGAAACUAACUAUGGCAAGGUGAGAGGUGGAAAGAACCCCAAAGGAAAGGGGGUUGGACGUGUUGAUCCCUACUCAUGUGAGAACAAUGCACCACGUGGAAAGGGACAUGAGGGUCGUGGAAAGGGCCGUGGAGGCCCUCCACAUGUAUGGCGUAGAGAUGGUGGUGCUGGCCCAAGUGGUCAUGGUGGUACUGGUCCCAGUGGUCAUGGCUCCAAGGUGCAGAAAGCUCCUAGGGAUCCUCAAAUCCAAAAGGAAAGAGUUGGCACAGAACCUUGCUAUAGGUGUGGCACUACUGGACAUUGGUUGACCCAUGUGGGUCUUCAUGGCUUCUCUGGUUUUCAGUUAAGUCACAGCUUCAUUCCAAGGUAUAGACCGUGGAAUGGCGGAAUGGAUAAUGAUUAG